AUGUGUGCCUCGUUGGCCACGUCCUUCAUCCAUUACGGAUCUUUUCCAACAAGUGAUAGUCUUGCUCAGACAGUUUCGUGGGCUUUCAUCGGCAUAGCUUUGGAGGCGCACUAUAUAUCGCAAUCGACAACUUUUCGUAAUAAUAGACUACCCAUGGCUCCAAAACUGUAUGCAUUAUGCAUCGGUAUCGACGAGUAUGCAUCUUCCAAAAUCCGAAGUUUGCGGGGUUGUGUCAAAGACGUCAACAGUUUGAGGGAGGUUCUCCUUCUACGAUACCCUGAGGCAGUGAUUCGCACUUUGACCAACAAGGCUGCGACUAGAAGAAAUGUUAUCGAGACCGUUACUACCGACCUGAUAGAGAACGGAGAAAUCUCGACGGACGACGCUGUUUUGAUCUAUUUUGCUGGAUACGGCCAGCGGCUGAAUGCAACAAGUAGGAAGGUCGACGCUCUCAUUCCUUAUGAUUAUUCUCUCGAUGUCCCGCCCAUCUUCGAUGUCACCCUACAUAACCUCGCGCAAGAACUCAUCAAGAAAGGAUCCAAUGUCACAAUCAUUUUAGAUUGUUCUUUCUCAGAGACUAUGUCGCUUUCGAGUGUUCGUCGGAUUCAAGAUCCAUCUUGGCCCUCACAUCUCGCAGACUAUCGUCGCGAAAAUAGCUCGUCCGACUACGGAGGAUUCUUCACAGACGCCCAAGCGUAUGUGUUGAUUGCCGCUAGCAAGAAGAACCUGAAUUGCACUGAGUCGGCGGCAGGAGGCACGUUUUCGCAGGCGCUUAUGUCCACUUUGCGGUCAUCAUGGCCUUUGAGCUGCCGCGAAGUCGCCGUUCUGGUGCAACGAUCUCUUGCCAACGGACGUGGGUCGAUUCCCGCCUGCCACGGACAAUACUUGGAUCGAAUUUUGUUCACUGCCCCGCGGCUUCUUCCUAUCCAAAAGCUCCGAGUAUUCUCGACCAAUGUCGAUCUGGGUGGAGAAAAUGACUUCUAUGUCGUCGCCAACAGACGUGACGCGAGUGUGGCCUUGAAUGCAUCAACUACUGGGCAAGGCUGUGUGGAGCGUUUGCAAGGACUUGUUGCUGAGUAUGGCAGUCCCAAAGCAUCCAUCAAGUUAGCGGAAGCGGUACCCACCCUCAACGCCAUUGCGCAUUUUCAGCACCACCUCGAGUUGGGGUUGGCCAAAACGACUGUGUCAUGGUUUGCGCGCCUAUUCUGGUUGAACGCCAAACCUCUGCCAACUUCAUUUGUCGAGCUAUAUCACUACAAAGGUGACGACCAACGAGCUCUUGUGGAGGUGUCCCCAAAUAUUCUAUGUGAGGGUGUCGCUUAUCUUGAGGGUGUCCCCAACGACCAUGUUUUUGGCCUGCGAAUCACGAAUCCCACCGAGCAGGCGAUGUAUCCCUACUUGGUUCACUUCGACACGGCUACGUACGCGAUCAAGGUCCUCUACUCGUCGUUCUCCGAAGAUGGCAAAGCUAAAUUACUCCCACCACAUUCCUCGCUCGUUUUUGGCCGCACUCCCACAAUGAAGUCUUCCUCGGUCCGAGACGCCCAACCCGCACUACGUGUUGUGCUUGACGAAGCCAGGACAGAGCGGACGGCUGAGAUAAUCAAAGUUAUCCUCUCAGAGAAGCCCAUCGAUGUGGGCUACAUGGUCCAGCCGUCGCCGAUGGUGAGCAUCGUGCGCGAUCGAGCUCCGGGUUACCAAGAAAUUCCGGGUGCUUGGCAGACCGAGACAGUGACGCUGGCUGUACCCGCAAAUUAUUGCAACGGCGGGAAAGUUUCUGCGUCCAGUCGAGGACUUUGGGAGAGGUUACGAGCCGUCGUGUGUCGAUGGAGUUUGCUAUAG